AUGCGACUGAUGGAAAUUAUUUUAUGCUGGUGUUGCGUAUUUACUGAUCACUUUUCAAAUGGAAGCAGCAUUCACAGUUCAGAAAUCAAAUCACGUCUCAUUAAUCAUACGAUGGAAUUGAUUGAUAAAAGUUUUGCGAAUAAUUCGAACCCACUGAUAAUAUCUUCUGACUUAGUUGAUGACCAAGUUUUAAGUGGGAAUAUCGAUAAUGGAAAUCCGGUGAUUGUCAUAAAUAGUGAUCUGAGUGAGAGACGGAUAGAAAUUAAAGGGUAUCUUUCCAGCUAUCCUACGUACGUCCUCAGAUUUGAAUCUCUACACAAGUUGAUAUCACUUAUCUUAGGGUUUAUGGCCUCACCAACCUGGAACAUAAAGUCGCCAAUUUUUGUUCUCGACACAUCUGAAUCAGAUAACAAAAGAUCUGAACAACCUCACAAUGUAGAGACUUCUGAGGUUCUUUCAUUCCUGGAAUAUAUCGAUACUUUAAUAUCAUACUAUGUGUGUUAUGAUAACGAAAAACAUUCAACCAUAGUCUACACUCUGAACCCUUACACACAAUAUGCUCCAUCACCUUGGAAUCAAGUUAAACUUUCAAAUGCAAAUAUCAAUAAUAAAACAAAGUUGACACUAUACAGUCUGCAGUAUCCGAAAGAUUUGAAGAACAACUAUAAAAAUAUUUAUUUUGAUAAGACUCUGUACUUAGAUGGCCAUGAAAUAAAAUUAUUCGCUCGUGUCCUUCCAUCAAAUUCAAUCGAACAGAAUAAGAGUAAGGAAAGCAUCAAUAGAAUUCUUGAAAAUUUUGAUAAGAUCAAAGACUACGGAUUGACUUCAUUACCUGAUUAUAUGAAAGUAAAAACGUCAAUUGAUAUUCUGAAGAACUAUUUCAGUUCCGACAUAAUUAAAUACGGUUUCGAUAGAGAUCUUGACAAUCAUCAGUAUGAUGCGAAUAACGUCAAGAACCAAUUAGCUGAUACAAAUCCUAAAGUAACUGAUUUUGUGACAGAGUAUGAAGAAAUGCACUAUUCAAUUAUGACAAAGAAAACAGAUUAUUUAACCGCAGUCACCGAAAUCCACAUAAAUCUUCAGUUCAUCGUCAUCACACUCUUGGUGUUGUUGUUGAUUGCUGUCAUCAUAAUUAUGAACAAUAAAUUUGGUGUGAGCGAAGGAAUCAUGGACAUUGUGAGCAUGUCACUGAGUAUGGGAAUAAUAUCUCCAAUGGGACGUAUUUCGAUGAGGAUCAUUUAUUUCUUUGGAUUUUUGUUCAUUUUCGUAGCGAUGCCGGAAUUCCAAGGACAAAUAUCGGCUAUUCUAUCCCAACCUGCAAGACGCAAUGUCGAAACCUUGAAGGACUUGUUCGACAACAAGUAUCAUGUGUUUUAUAAUGGGUUUUUAAAAAAUGACAUGAUUAAUGAAAAAUUGUGGGUGACUGAAGAUGACCAGAAAUACUUGUAUCCAUCAUCUCCUGCUGAAUUGAAAAAAUGUGCGAAAGAAGCCCAAAAAAAUUCGACUAUCGCUUGUAUCGACCACACUACCCAUCAACUAUUAAAUGCUUUAAAAUUUAAGAAUCUUUAUGUUUCGAAGGAAAAUGUAUUCAAAAAGUACUACGUGUAUUGGACAAGAAAGAACUGGGCGCUGAAAGAAAAAAUUGAUAAAGCCCGUUCAAUAUCGGUGGAAACAGGAUUAAUUUACCAUUACUAUGAAGCGGUAGAAAAGAAUCAAUGGAAAAAGAUAGAGAAGAUGGAGAAAAUCAAAGAAGCUGAAAACUAUGAACGGAUGGACUUUGAUAAUUUGGUGUUUUAUUUCAUUGUGUUUGCGGCUACUUUGUUGUGGAGUUUGGUCAUUUUUGGAAUCGAACUCAUCUCGAGCUACCACAGUCACUCAAAAUAUAUAAGACAGGAAAAAGAACGACGACAGUUCAUUGAGAGAUUGAGAGCACAACCACGGAUUAUUUUUUUCCCGGGUCGGAUUGUUCUGUCAAAUAGUCGCGAGUGA